CUACAGCGUAGUGGACACAGAGGCAAAGAGCAGUGGAGAUCUGUGUUACUGACUGUUGCCAUUAGGUGGCAGCAAAUACUUUGAUCACAGCUGAGGACAAUCUUUCCAUGAACACAUGAAGAUUCCUUCAAUUGAAUAAUGUUACUGUGCUCCUUUUUCUUUUUUAUGUUUUUAUCAUCCAUAAAUGUUACUAGAUAAUAUGCAAGCUUUAAAUGGUAGCAAUAGUGUGUGAGUGUAUCAUUUAUAUUUUUGUGACUUUCAGAUUGCUGCUAAAUAAUAAAAGAAGUGUUUGAAAGGGUUUCUUUCUUUUUUGUUUUUUUUAAUGCAUCGUUAUUUCGUUUUCUCUGCCAUUAGAGGUAGACCAGGGAGCAGCCCUCUAUUAUGCCGCACUCCUGCUUCUGCUGACGCUGCAGACAGUUCAGUUACACAUGCAGUAGUAGCUACCAGCAGCGAGAGUGUGAAUGAUUUAUGUGCUGCAUUGUUCAGCUAUUCGAGAAGGCUAUCUUUUCAAGAAAUACACUUAAUUUUACCUAUCUCUGUAUUUGGUGCUGUUUAUUGGCAUACUUUCCAGCGUAGUGAGUCUGGCAGUCUCUGCGAAUGUAAAAGCUGCAUAUGCAAGCUAUAUUUUCUCCCUGGUGUUGCAGGAAGGGGCUGGCUGCACUGCACAAAAGACACCACAUGAGACAGAAACUGGUGCAUUUUGAGCAUGCAAGCUCAUGUUUAUAUCAUUUUUAAAAGAAAGUAAAUGUUGAGCAUUAUAAACAAGAAAUUAAGGAAUCUUGGAGCAAAAGCCACAAUGCAUAUAUUAUAGCAACAAUCCUUAAAUAUCCAAAAUACCACACAAGACUGUAUGGUACUCAGUAGAUUGUUGAAUUUAACUGUCUUGUCUAAUUUAUAGUAAGAUCACAUUAGCUGUUUACCCUAUUAUUUAUUCUAACUUAGGGCUACUGUGGCAACCCACUUCCCUCUGUAGUCCACAUCAUGGCAGAUUUGUCACCCUAUGGGGAGCACCCCACCGCUGUGAAUGCAAUGUUUCGCUGUGGCCACCAGAGGGUCCCUGCUGAGUUUACAGUGGAGCUUCUGAAGCACUUCUGCCUGCUUUCCUGUCCAGCUAUAUCCAAUCUUAAACUGCAACCCAGCAACCUGCUAAAUUUCUGGGAGACAGAGCUCUUCUACAUCUCUACAGUGCAGCCAUGGCCACCGCAGAAACAAUGUUUCCAGACCAAAGUGACUUUGAUUAUGAUUAUGAGACACUGCGGACUACAGGGGUUAUCCUUGCUGUUAUUAUGUUUGUCUCUGGCAUUUUAAUAGCCCUAAUUCCAGCUCAUCUGGUACCCAAAUUCCAAAGACAGAGGUACCCCCUCAAACUGUAUAGAAAAUAUUGUAUAUACCUGAAUGAGAGGAAGUCGUCACAGGAGCCACGCCAGCGAAUACACACCAUGGCCAUUCCUCUUAUGGCUAAUAUACCUCUGCCAGCUGGAUGAUCAAGAAACAGGGUUUUCCAACACAUCCUAUCCUGGUUUAAUUGAGACUCCCACUGAAUUAUGUAAAAGGUCUUAAGUGAGCUAAGUAUCUAUCUAUAGAUUACUCAGUAUUGUGUUGGGUCUAAAAGCUUGUCUAUGACAAAAAAAAAGAAAUAAAAAAUAUUCCCAACUAUGAGAUGUGAUAAGGUACUUUAAAUCAAACAAAUGUUGUCUCUCUUCCUGUGAAACAAAAUUAAGAGCAUGACUAAAUAUUUAUAGACUAACAAAAUGUCCAGGUCAAAACAAAGAACUGCAUGCACUGAUCCAUUGUAACAACUGUCUCUGGCCUUUAUUUUUCUUUAUUUCUGCUUUAUUUAUCUUUUGGGCCUUUAAAAAAGCUUAACAAUUAAGAAAACAAUAAAUAGAAUAGACCAAAUAUAACAUGCUAAAAUGAAAUAGCUAGUAUAAGAUCUUGUUGAAAAUUAAAAGACGACAUUCAGUAAUGUAUUUUAUUUUGAAAAUGCUUUGAAAUGUAUAAUAAUGGAUGGAAUGUGUUGAUUUAUUUCUUCUGUUUCAAGCUAAGGCAAAGGUAUUUUAUUAUUAUUUAAAUUUAUUUAAAUUUAAAUUAUUAUUAUUAUUAUAUGUAAAACAAUGAGAUCACUGUUUCAAAUACAGGUCUUGUCAACUCAA